AUGGGGGAAACGAUCUCGGACCGCUACUUCAAGGACAUACGCGUCACCGGCUUCACCAACGAGUACAAGCAUGUCAAGAUGAUCACGGACUGCCCUGAAAGGAGACGCAAGGGAAAGAAGAAGACCAAGCCUGCCGGAGCCGCCAAGUGGUGUUCGGUUUACGUCACGCCCAGGUACUCCGACGAAGAAUGCUUCGAGCAAGGAGCGACGCGGCCGAAAAAAUCCAGCAACACGGGCAAGGCCCUUUCAGCAUGCGUUAAUAGUGCACACUGCUCCUUCACCAGCAACAAAACGGAAUCAGCCAUGAAAAAGAAGGAGGCAAGCAAUGGCGAGUCAGAGGAAGCCUUGAUGUACUCCACCGCUCACAAAGGGAGAGAGUUCAAGCCCAUUGCCGCCGGAGCCUCGCUGCUUAUAGACACCGGAGCAUCCGAGAAUAUGCUCGACGACCGCCUCAUCCCAGGUCUGAAGGAAAUAAUGCGGGAAUCAAAGGAACUCGCCAAACCUAAGGUGGUCUCGGUCGGCGGUGGCCACGAGCUGGACGGGAACGCUACAGGACUCAUCCAUUGCACCGUCAAGGACAGCAACGGCGAGAAGAAGGCCGUGCUCCUGCGAGGACUAGUCGUCCCCGGCCUUGGACGCAACGUCUUCUCGCGUGCCGCGCAGAUAAAGAAUGGUGUCAAGCUCGUCAUCGAGGAAGGAAACCCGCACCUCGCGGUAGGAGGCCACACUUUGCCGCUGAAACAGGAUCCGCUUGACAUGGGUAUGUGUUCUGUUGACAUAGAGUUCCAAGCCGCCUCCGAGCAAACGACAGCAUCCACGAAACCAACAUCUCACGCACUUCCCGACGAUCGGGCUAUUGGCAAGCCCGACACAGUGAUGCUUGAUGAUGACCUAGGGGUCGCAUGUGCAGCCACAGUGAACGCGAACACUUGGCACCGGUGGCUCAGACAUCUCAACUUCCGGAGCAUGGAACUGCUACGUAAAAAGGAGGACAAUGGAGUCGAUUUCUCGGACUCCAUGACUCCGUGCGACAUCUGCGCCAUCAGCAAGAGCAGGCAGCUAGCACAUCCGGAGAAGACUAAUCGCGAGACGACCGCACCUAUGCAACUGGUGUACACCGACAACAUGGGAAAAACCACCCCUCUCGCGAAGGGAGGCUUUGGGUACGUUUCCAAGUUCACCGACGCAUACUCGUGGAUGAAGGAAAUCUACCUGCUCAAGGCCAUAUCCGAGACCGUUCGAGCACUUCACGCCUAUAACAUGCAGGUGGCUGCUCCGCUUGGCCGUCGCAUUGAGAUCAUUCGGUGCGAGAGUGGAGGGGAAAACGUCGCCAACGAGUUCACCAAGUACUUCAUGGACUCAGACAUCACCAUCGAAUAUGCCGCGACCAACACGCCUCAGCAGAAUGGCGUGUCCGAGCGAGACGGGCAAACCCUGACGACAAUUACCCGAUAUCUCAUGAAGGAUGGAGCCUUUCCGCCUACCCUGUGGAGGGAACAAAUGAUGACGGCAGAGUACCUUUCCAACCGGCCACCUCGUUCGACCCUGGGAGGCGUCACCCCGUACUUCAAGAUGUAUAAUACAGCAAGGAAGCGGACCUGUCUCGCCUCCAGCAAGGCCUACCGGAUCUACAAUCCUGCAACCGGCAACGUAGUGGAAAGCAGGAACGUGACCUUCAUUGAGACAUCAGUGUACUCCAUGCCACCCAGUGUGCUCGAUGACGACAACUUGUACGAGAGCGACGUCCUGAACUUCACGUCUGUUCUAGGCAAGGUAUCAACCAGAGAAGAUGAGUUCGAUGGAUCGGGAACCCUCGACACCGUCGACCUGAAAAUCGAGAAUCAGCUCCUCCGACAAGAGAUCCGCCGUAUGCGACACAACAACUUGAUUCGGGAAGAAAUUCAACAACAGGCAAUCGACACAGGACACGACACUCCGCCCAGUCCGCCGACUUGGCCUCAGCCGGCGACGGGUCGUGUGGGUACCACUCCAUACCUUGGUGGCCUGCUGGAGUGUAAUGGGCAAGUGAACACCCCGCAUGAUGUGGAUGCCAUCAAGACAGCCCUGAUAUCCCGCCUGCUCCGGCACGUGCUCGGGACAGAAUUCAACCCCGAGGCAACGCUUUCAGACGAUGAGGUGACGAAGGGCAUCGAUAUGGGGUUGACUGAAAUCAAGACUUGUGCUACCGGCAAAGUGAUCAAGGGGAAGCCCAAAGGCGAGCUAAGGUGCGAUUGGUUCGAGGCAAGGGUCAACGAAAAAGUCGAGAAGGAGUGGCUCGACGUUAGCUGGCGGGCUUUCGUCUCAGACCUGUACGAGAUAAACAUCGCAGUGUGGGAGCCUACGGGGUCGGGAGAAAACGUGCAGCUGUAUUCAGCAGCCAGCGCCAGGAGUCUCUUCGACAAAGCACAGAAAAUGGACGAUGUCGGGGGUUGCUGGAUCCACCUAUUGUUCAGCAAUCUAGGAGAUCCAUGGGCGGCACCUUCUGGCGUCAACGGCGUUGUCGACGAAAAUGCGCACGACAGGCACUAA